UGGGACAUUUUUGGCGCGACGCCGUCGCGAGAUGGCGACUCCGUCCAUUCAGAACUGUGUGUUUUUGAUCUCUCUACUUGAUUCGUAGAGUAGGGGCGAAGGAGAUGGAAGGCGGAGAGUACGCAUUUUCGUCUGCGUUGAAAAGCGCGUGUUUUCGCUGCCGGACCGCGCGUUUACUCACGAGUAAUUAGUGUGGAAUGAAAAUCCCCGAAUAACGAGCGCUGGGAAAGCGGCCUUCGCUGGCCGGAAUAUUGCGUUUUUGUUGUUUUUUGUCGCGUGUUCUGCGUCGUCGUGCUGUCCGCGGGACCGUGUCCCUCUCGUGUGGUGGGUGCAUCAGCCAGCCGCUUGUGAGUGAAGCGAGUGCAGCUUCAGGAUGCUGAAGAUCUUCAACAGGUUUCGAGAGCCGCAGCCGGACCUUGAUGCAGAGUCCGCGACCAUCGAGGACGUGCUCCAGUACCUGUCCCGAGGCAUGAAGCUUCACAAGGUGCGUUCGUCGAAGAAGUACUACAAGCGGCGCUACCAGCUGAAUCUGGACAACAUGCUCCUUGUCUACGCACAGUCCAGGAAGCCUUUCAUCUGCUCUAAGAAGACGUACUUGGACAUCUUCGAUGUGGAGGAAGUGCGUAAGGGCUGGAAGACGGACGUCUUCAACGACGUGGAGAGUAAGUUCCGCCGCCGCAAGAGCUACCUGCCCUUUGGCUCGCUGAACAUGAACGAGGACACGUGCUUCUCGAUCGUCAUAUCGCCCAAGAACGACACCCUGGACCUGGUGGCCUGUAAUGCCAACGACUGCGAGCUCUGGGUCAGGGGACUGCGUCACCUCGUCGCCAACUGCAAGAACACGCGGAGGGACCAGGAGUACGAGAGGUGGCUCAGGGACCAGUUCCAGAAGGCUGACGUCAACCGGAGCGGCUCCCUCAACUUUUCAGAGUGUCAGAACCUGCUCAAGCAACUCAAUGUGUCCAUGGACAAGAACCAUUGCAGGGCCCUCUUCAAUGCUGCAAACUUCAAGUGCCAUAAGGUGGACGGAGAAGACGUGUUGGACCGGGAGGAAUUCAUCAAGUUUUACCACAGUCUCUUGUCUAGGCCCGACAUCGAUAAGAUUUUUAAGACUUACACUGCCCAAAACAUGACCAUAAUGGGACCUGAAGAACUCCGCAGGUUCCUUACUCAAGAGCAAAAGAUGAACGUGACGCUUAGCGACUGCAAGCAAAUCAUUGAAAAGUUCGCCAAAGACAAGAACAAUCCUGAAGGCUUCCUGGGACUGCCUGGAUUUCGGGACAUGCUCCUGUCGGACGACCACAACAUCUUCGACAAGGAGCACAACCACGUCUGCCAGGACAUGAAUCAGCCACUGAACCACUACUACAUCGCAUCUUCGCAUAACACCUACCUGGUUCAAGGUCAGCUGAUGGGAAGCAGCAGCGUGGAGGGCUACAUUCGGGCUCUGAAAAAGGGCUGCCGUUGUCUGGAGUUGGACGUGUGGGACGGUCCCAACAACGAGCCCGUGGUGUACCACGGCUACACGCUAACCUCCAAGAUCCUCUUCAGGGACAUCUUGGACUCCGUCAAGCUCUACGCGUUCGAGGACUCGCAGUACCCCGUGAUCCUGUCGCUGGAGAACCACUGCUCGACGGAACAGCAGAAAGUGAUGGCCAAACACCUGGUAGAGAUCCUCGGCGAUAAACUCCACAACAAACCCAUCAGUGACAAGGAAACGGCCAUGCCGCCACCGUCUGCUCUCCUCAACAAAAUUCUCAUCAAGGGCAAGAAACUCAACAAAGACCUCUCGGUGGAUGCCGAUGACGAUAGCGAAGACGAGAGCACUUCCAAACCGACUUCCGGAACUCUGGCCGAAGAGCUGUCCAACAUCGUCAACUACUGCAAGGCGUCCCACUUCAAGUCCUUCGAAGAGGCGGAAAAAUGGCACUUCUACGAGAUGGCGUCGUUCAGCGAGGGCAAGGCGGCCAAGCUGUCGUCGACGGAUCAGGGAGCCCGAGACUUCGUCCGGUACAACAGCAAGCACCUGUCUAGGAUCUACCCCAAGGGGACCAGGACGGACUCGAGCAACUACGACCCCGUGCGCUACUGGAACGUCGGCUGCCAGAUCGUUGCGCUCAACUACCAGAGCUGGGACCAAAAGAUGUUUAUGAACGAGGCCAAGUUCUCGAUGAAUGGACGCUGCGGGUACGUGCUCAUGCCGGAAUUCCUGAGGAAAGGAAACUUCGGGCUCGAGGCUCCCGAUCCCGCUUUGAAGAGGACCUUAGUUCUGAAGGUGAUAAGUGGACAGCAGCUGCCCAAGCCACUGGAGUCCACUGACGGUGAAGUGGUGGAUCCUUACGUGGUUAUCAAGGUCGCUGGACAUCCCAUGGACAAGGCGAAGGUUAAGACAAGAUUCAUUCGAAACAACGGCUUUAACCCUCAGUGGGACGAGACCUUCGAGCUCCCGAUCCGCGUCCCCCAGCUUGCCAUGGUGAUGUUCACGGUCAAGGACGAGAGCCGCAUGGGCAAGAACAUGAAGCUGGCCAAGUUCGCGCUGCCCUUCGAUGCCGUCAAGGAGGGCUAUCGCCAUGUGCACCUCCGCAACAAUGCCUUCCUGUCCCUGGUGCCGGCCAGCAUCUUCGUCCACGUCAGCAUCAGGAAGUGAAGCGUCGGCUGGGAAAAUACCGCGUUCGCUGCUCAUUGUGCUGUUUAGAGUCACUCUAUACGCUCAGAGUAUCGCCACUCUUUUUCCUCAGUUCUGGAAGCCGCCAGGAAGGUCAUUGGUGUGUUCGCGUGACGUGACAUUCGUUUACGUGCCAGGGUGGCCAGGGACUCGUGGCAGUACGGGUAAAAUACCGCCUACCUAGAAGACAACCCACCUCAAACGUCCUCAAUAGUGAAUCUAGGCUGCGCCGUAUAGCUUGCGUCAGCGUAGCCAUAAGCACGUUUUGUAGCGUCUCUGAACGACCGCGACGCUAGCACGCGGUAACGCUAAGACGGACGCGUCUGCCACUUUGCGUCUACUCUCGCCGAGCUUCAGCGUGUCUACCGCUUGGGGCGGGUCGGGGAUCCACUAACGGUGACGUCACGCGCAGACGUUGGCAGGUGGUAAUGCUCGUGGGCACCGCAUUUAUUAGUGCUUGGAGUUAUUGUACUGAAAUGUCAUUUCUUGAUCGGUGUACACGCUGUGUUUGGAGUUCAUCGCAUUAUCGUAUCGCUAUGUUGUGUACUGCUUUAACAGGCAGGACGACACAAAGUGCCUCUUUGCAUCGUCCGUUAGUUGAGUAGGCAGAAGCCGGCGACAAAUGCCAACAUUGAUUGUGUGCACCAAUAUGGCUGACCUGUCUUUACUCUACAGCGGAGCGUAUUCAGCGACUGUGGCCCUGGAGAUGCGAUCCUUGUACAAAUUGCAAAAGUGUCAGUCCGGAUGGAACUCGCAGCUUUCAGGGAUCUAAAAAAAAAAAAAAAACUUUAAAAGGCUCAGCUAUUUUUUUUUUUUUACUUUUCCCGUUUGUUGUUGCUUUGAUGGUUGUUAUGCAGGACACUCGACUUUAAAGGGAGGGAAAAAAAAUCCCGCUGAAUAGCAGCUUUAGAGUAGACGCACCAGCUAGCAGAAGAUGCUACGCAUAAGCUCGCGGGAUUUGAAUUUUUUUUUUCCCGCACUCGGGCGUUCUGCCGUCUUUUCCUGGAAAAUCAGAGGACGUAUACGUGUCUUUUAUUCCGUCUCACGAGUUGUGCGUCACACAAGCGCGAGUGCGCUCAGUAAAAUCAUUCUUGUACGGAACGGCGUUCCUCGAAAGCGUUCCUUUUAAACGGAACAGAGAGCCACCGUUUCAUCUUACAUCGGUAGAACUGAAAUGGGAGCUCUUUACGUUUUCACAGAAACGUCACUUUUUUUUGUUGUCGUAUUUAUCCACAAUUUUAGCCGAAUUUAGUGAGUAUUUAAGAUUCUCAUUAAAGACUGUUUCAAGCUCCGAUAGUUGAACAAAGAAUUGGAACUAAGUCGACGCGUUGGUUCGACGUGGUUAUUUCCAUUCGCGAGCUUUAUUUUAUCUACCAGGCAAAAUAUAUUAUUACUUAGGCAAAUUGAACGUUACAGUAACGACGCCCUCCAACCUUAGAAAUGCAACGGGAACGCGUUCCUUUUAAAUCACUGUAACUUGCGCCGGGAACUCGUUUCAAGACUGAGAAGGAACGAGGAAUCAGCUUUCGUUCUUAUUUUAGCGGAACGCGGAAAAACACUGGGGAAACUGCGUUCUUUUCACAAGCGCUCGCCAGACAUACACACACAUACAUACAUCAGACACAAAGAAAACUCUAUCAUUUCAAGCGCUCGGAUAGCGCUUGUUUGACACCGAACAAGCAUCAAGUCGGACUGUUAGCUUUUUAACGUUUUAUCUUGGUUGUUAAGAAGACGAGACGACACAUUCCUUCCAGCGUGAACUAUCGUUUCGGCUUUUCGUCGACACUCUUGUUUUUAAUGCGGUUAAAUCCGCGCUUCGCCCAGGUAAUCGUCAGGUGUCCGCCUGGUAAAGCGCCUGACUAACCUUGGAAACUAUAUGUUUGUUGUAUUCCGUUAGUAUUUGUAGCACAGAAGCAUUUCAUUGCGAUUUUGUUUUUUCGCAUUGCACGUGGAGAUCAUUAUUUGUCUCGAAGGGUCACAUAUUUUGUUUUCGUUCAUUUCCCAAGUUGUUCUCGCACUUCACAGAGUUGUGCAACCGCACGCCCGCGGCGGCUUUGUUAUCGAUCGUUAAAUAACCCCAAAGUGCAAGCCGAGGAAACCAAUUAUCGAGUAAUGGGCGUGUUGUUUCCGCCUGUUCCUCUUCUGCGUGCCAAAUAAAAACAUUGUUGUUUUCGUCGAA